AUGGAAGACAAUGCUUAUGGAAUAGGUAUUACAAAUCGUUACGAUUUUUUGCUCGAUUCGAAUUCCAAUGAUCCGCAAGCCAUUUUGAAACAAAAGUCUAAGAAAGCGAAAAAAGCAGCGAAAAAAUUGGCAGGCAAGGAGAAUUCCGAGAACGAUGUAAAGGUCGGUGACAUUCUGGAAAAAGUGAUCGACGAGAAAAAAGUGAAGUUUGUGGCUAAAGGCGUCAAGCAGUCACAACCAGAACCUGCACAAAAAUCGCGCUCAAUGAAGGACAUGCAAAAUAUACAAGGCAAUGGUGAUGGCAAUGUUAAUGGCAAUACGGACAAUGGAAUUAAAGAAUCUAAAGGCAAUUUCCAUCGGGAACGAAACUACGGCAACAACAAGAACUUGGAAAAUCGUGAAAAUGGGGAGCCACCGAAUCGUGGCUAUCGAGCAAACAAUGGAAAUAGGAACUUCGAAAACAGAAACUUCGAAAACAGAAACAACGAAACCAAGAACUACGAAAACCGGAACUACGAAAACAGGAACAACGAAAACAUCAACAAUGGCCAGGAUAUCGAAUACAAUCAACGUGAACGGGAUAACGAACGACCGGCUCGCAGACAGGGUUACGAUCGUAAUUUCGGAAAUCGUGAUGGUAACCGACGUUACGAUGGUCAACGACGAAAUUUUGAAGGUCGAGGAGGAAAACGUGAAUUUGAUCGUCAAUCUGGUUCGGACAAAACUGGUGUUAAGGCAAUUGAGAAGCGCGAGGGAGGUGGCGCUCAUAAUUGGGGCACACAUAAACAAGAUAUCGAGGAUUUGAACAAAAAUGGCUCUGAACCGGAUCUCAAAGAGGAUGGAAAUUCGAUUGAAAAUGCAAAAAGUGAGGAAAAUUUGGAAGUCAAACCGGUGAUUCUGACACUUGAUGAGUACAAGACGUUACAGGGUGAACGGCCAAAGCCCGUAUUCAAUCUCCGAAAGGCUGGUGAAGGUGAAGAUAAAAAGAAAUGGAAAAAUUUGGUUCCACUGAAGAAAAAGGAGGAAGUCAAGACCAGCGAAGAGGAAUUGGAUAUCGAUAUGUCACUCUACCCCCAACGUAAACGAAGCAUCAAAUACAUUAAGGACAUCAAGGUUUGCUUCAACGAAGGCAAAAAUUUCGGAAACAACACCAAGAACAAGUUCAGAAAAAAUUUUGAUGGACGGAAUGGUCGGAACAGAAAUGAUGACGCUAAUCGACAAAAUGCGCCACAGUUGGAUGACCAGAAUUUUCCGUCCCUGGGCUAA